AUGGCCCUGACGACCAUGUCUUCCAAUGCCCAAACAUUGCACGACAAUGCGAUGCACACGUCUCUCGAAACACACCUUUUGCCCGUCAUCCGGCCAAACCUCCAUAUCACCGCACCGUACUGGAUGAACGACCCCUGCGCACCGGGAUAUGAUCCUCAUACAGGGCUUUACCAUCUCUUCUACCAGUGCAACCCAUAUGGCUGUGACUGGGGGAACAUGGCGUGGGGUCAUGUAGUGUCGCGGGACAUGGUACGAUGGAGGAUGGCAUCUGUUCAGCCGUCACUACAACCCAGCGAAGCAUAUGACAAGGACGGAAUCUUCACCGGCUGCUUUGCGCCACCCGACACGGCAAACAAGCAGUUGACAGUGUUUUAUUCGUCAAUACGGAAACUCCCUUUCCACUGGACUUCGUAUCCCAGCAGCAGGCCCGCAGGCUUGUCCAUGGCAGUUUCGAGGGACGGAGGGACAACGUGGACCAAGUCGUCCCGCAACCCUCUCGUGAAUGGAGAACCCGACGGCACCACGGUAACGGGCUUUCGCGAUCCUUACAUCGCGGACUGGCCUGUCCUGGACCAAGUGCGAGGCGAGUCGGCCUUGUACGCGAUCAUAUCUGGCGGUAUCCAAGGCCGCGGCCCGCAGAUCUUCAUGUACGCCGUGCAGCCGGACAACCUCGCGGAAUGGGACUACCUUGGCACCCUCGUUGACGUGCCUGCCAGCUUCCAGCCAUCGACCAGAUGGUCCGGCAACUACGGCGUCAACUGGGAAUGCACCAACUUUAUGACGCUGUCGAACGAUUCCGCGUCGCGAUAUUUCCUGGUCAUCAGCGCCGAGAUCGACACGGAAUGCGAGAACCACAAAUCCCACAUAGCGCCCAAGGACAGGGCACAGCUGUGGAUGUGCGGCAGCAUCUCCAUCGACGACCACCAAUCUAUUCGUUUUCAGUACCAGUACGGCGGAUUCCUCGACCACGGCGACUACUACGCGGCAAACUCGUUCGUCGACCCGCUUUCCGGUCGGCGGAUCGUGUACGGAUGGAUCCCCGAGUGCCAGUGUCCGCAAGGCUACGCGACCGAAAAGGGCUGGAACGGCAGCCAAGCGAUCCCCCGCGAGGUCUUCCUGCAUACGGUUCCCAACGUCACCCGCUCUCUACGCAGCCCACUGUCCGAGAUUUCGUGUGUGGAGGCUGUCCCUGCCGUCGACUGCCCCGGCCUCGGCGUCUUCGAUCUGUACACACUCGGCGUCCGACCGAUAUCCGAGUUCUCAAGGCUCCGCGACAACUGUCUCGUACAUUCGUGUUUCGGGCCAAUAUCUCUUCUUCUACCGCAGUCAUCAUCGUCCUCCUCUUACUCUUCAUCAUCAGCAUCAUUAUCUUCUUCGUUGUUGUUGUUGUCGUCAUCGUCGCCACCACCGUCGCCACCAAAACAACACGAAGGACAAGUCCUACUGACCCCCGUCACGACGUCGACCUGGGAACUCGAGAGUGUGAUAUCCAUCGUCGACGACGAUGCGCAGCCCUGCGUCGCGAGGGUCGGCUUCCACAUCCAGCAUUCAGCAGAUUACUCGGUGUCGACCACCGUCGCGUUCGACUUGGAGAGGGAACUGAUUUCGGUGGUGCAGAAUAAUCCAACGGUAGAAAAUGGGGCCGCCUGCGUUAAGAAAGGUUCAUUUACGCUUUUUGCAUCAUCAUCGUCGUCGUCGUCGUCGUCGUCGAGCGACCACGAAUCCGAACCACUACUAUCAUCAGCAUCAGGAACCAGCGUCUCUAGCACGAGCAGAACCAACGAAACAUUCGAGAACCUCCACCUCCGGAUCAUCUGCGACGGCGACGUCCUGGAGAUCUUCGCCAACGACCGCUUCGCUCUAGCGACCAUGGUGUACCACGCCGGCACGAACACGGUCGAGAAGGGCUGCAACGGGAUCACUGCCUUUGCCGAGGCGGCGACAGCCGGCAAUGCCGCGAACGCGGCAAUAGCAGUGUUUGAGCAGGUCAAUGUCUGGGACGGAUUGAACGGGCAGCAAAGCUUGAUCAGCAAGUGA